CCAUAUGCCUCGUAUUGUUCCAUUCUACAACGCCUGUCCCGAACUCGAAGCAAACCCUAAGGCGCCUCCAUCCGCUUCCCUCGAAGACGAGCGACGACCGACGAGCGACGAGGAAGCGAAGAUGAAUCCCUUCGAUCUCCGCUACGCCGAUCCUAAUUCCUACCGAGAGAGGCGCAGCGAUUUCAUGCGGCCGCCCUCAGAGAUGAACGGCCCCCCGAUUCCGAUUGGCGGCGGUGUAGGAUCCGACCCGCUACAUUCGCAAUCUGGUCCGGGCUUCGCUGCGCGUGGAGUCGCAGGCGGCGACACGGGCUCUUAUAUGGGCAGCGAUAGUAGCUUCGCAGCCCCUUCCACCUUCCCCCACUUCGCCACAGGAGGCGGUGGCGGGAGGCCCAGCGACGUCGACCGCGCUGGGGGAAGGAGAUUUGACUCCGGUAGAGGUGGCGGCCGUUCAGGUCGUGGGGGAACAGGAAGAGUAGGUGACCGUGGUUUCCAGUCAGGGAGGGGUGGUGGAACUGGCGAUGGUGGCACUGCUUGGAGGGGCCAAGGUUUUGGUGGCCGUGGAAGGGGCGGGGGAUUUGACGGUGGCCGAUGCGGAAGGGGAAGGUUUGAAGGAGGACGCGGGGGUGGUCGGGGUGGUUAUGGUAGUAGAGACUCUGUGAAGUCAACAGACGAUCUUGAUAAAAUCGCCCUUCCAAAGCAGAAUUUUCAUGAUCUCAUUCCGUUUGAAAAAAACUUCUAUAUUGAAAGCCUGUCGGUGCAGGCGAUGUCUGAACAGGAUGUCAUGCUAUAUCGGAAGAGGCGGGAGAUUACAGUGGAGGGUCGUGAUAUCCCUAAGCCGAUUCGGUUUUUUCAUGAGGCAAAUUUUCCUGCCAACAUUCUCCAGGUGAUAGAGAAGCGUGGGUUCAUUGAACCAACAGCUAUUCAAGCUCAAGGGUGGCCAAUGGCCUUGAAAGGCCGGGACAUGGUUGGAAUUGCUGAGACAGGUUCGGGAAAGACAUUAGCCUAUCUGCUGCCCGCACUGGUGCAUGUUAAUGCACAGCCUCGAUUGGCUUAUGGUGAAGGUCCAAUUGUUCUGGUCCUAGCACCUACAAGAGAACUUGCUGUUCAGAUACAAGAAGAAUCUUUGAAGUUUGGAUUACAUUCAAUUGUCAGAAGCACAUGCAUUUAUGGUGGGGCACCAAAGGGACCGCAGAUUCGUGAUCUUAAAAAAGGUGUUGAAAUUGUCAUUGCAACACCUGGUCGACUAAUUGAUAUGUUGGAAGCAUGCCAUACAAACCUACGUAGAGUAACGUAUCUUGUAUUGGAUGAAGCAGAUCGCAUGUUGGAUAUGGGGUUUGAACCUCAAAUAAGGAAAAUUGUGUCUCAGAUUCGGCCAGACCGACAAACAUUAUAUUGGAGUGCCACAUGGCCAAGAGAAGUGGAGGCUUUAGCUAGACAAUUUUUACAAAACCCCUAUAAGAUAAUCAUAGGAUCUACUGAUCUGAAAGCUAAUCAGUCAAUAAUGCAAAUUGUUGAAGUCAUCUCGGAGCUUGAGAAGUAUCCAAGGCUGAUCAAACUUUUGGGUGAAGUGAUGGAUGGAAGCCGAAUCCUCAUAUUUCUUGAGACAAAGAAAGGUUGUGACCAGGUUACUAGGCAGCUCAGGAUGGAUGGAUGGCCUGCAUUAUCAAUUCAUGGUGAUAAAGCUCAAUCUGAAAGAGACUGGGUUCUGGCAGAGUUUAAAAGUGGCAGAAGUCCGAUAAUGACUGCCACUGAUGUAGCCGCGCGUGGUCUUGAUGUGAAGGAUAUAAAAUGUGUCGUCAAUUUUGAUUUUCCAACGAGCCUCGAGGAUUAUGUUCAUAGAAUUGGGCGUACUGGUCGGGCCGGCGCCAAAGGCACAGCAUUCACCUUUUUCACUCAAGCAAAUAUACGGUUUGCGAGGGAGCUUGUUAAAAUCCUACAGGAUGCUGGUCAGAAUGUAAGUCCAGCACUGGCUUCGAUGGCCAGGUCGGGCGGAGGUUCUGGAGGAAACUUCCGGUCAAGGGGGCGAGGCAAUGGGAAUCGAUCCAUAUCUGGGUCCAACACUAUUCCAUUAGGAGGAAGAAGACCAUGGUAAGCGUGGUGCUUUAAAUGAAAAAACCAAUUCACUAAGUGGAGUUAUAUGACUCAGACAUAUCAUCUUUCGUUGUAUCCGAUUCGCCAGUCUGUUGUGGUUGGUCAUGCCUAGAAAUAGAGUUUUUUCUUCAUUUCUUCUUUAUAGACUUGCCUGUUGCAAGGGAUGGAAUCGAUACUAAUCACUCAGCAAUAGAUCAACCUUUUGCCCAUA